UACAUGGGUUGAGAGGCGGCGACACCUCACACUUCGGUUUUCACACGUCGGUCACAGCGCUGUCCCCACAAAACAAAGGCCGGCAACUUCACACUGUAAGUCGAGAGAGAAAGAGAGAGAGAAAGCAGCAGCGAUGCCUGAUGAUGCCAACAACAACCAGAGCCAGCUGUGCCCGAUCCUGCAGAACAUGAUCCGGUCGCAUAACGUGACGGCGAAGGGCAUCGACUACACGUCCGUCUCCAUCCUGAGCCUGGCGUCCGCCAUAGGGAUCCUGGAGAACGGGCUCAUCCUCUGGGUGGUGGGCUUCCGCAUGCGCCGGACCGUCAUCUCCGUCUGGAUCCUCAACCUGGCUCUGUCCGACUUCCUGGCCACCACCACCCUGCCCUUCUUUGCCCACUACGUGGCCUCGGGCCACACGUGGCUCCUGGGGCGCUCCUUCUGCAAGGUGCAGUCCACGGUCUUCUUCCUCAACAUGUUUGUGAGCGCCUUCCUGCUGGCCGCCAUCAGCCUGGACCGCUGCCUGCUGGUCCUCUUCCCCGUGUGGGCCCAGAAUCGCCGGAGCGUGGCCGUGGCUUACCGGGUGAGCCUGGGGGCCUGGCUCCUGGCUCUGGCCAACGCCCUGCCGUACACGGUCUACCGCACCGUGAUCGGGACCGAGGACGGUCGGCUGUUGUGCUACCACGACUUCGCCCUCUACUCCCAGGUGUCCCAUCUUGGGCUCGCAGACCUCUGCAGGUUCAGGCAAGGGCUGUCGGCGGGCUCCAAGUUUCUGGUGGCUUUUCUCUUCCCCUUACUGGUCAUUGGCGGGAGCCACGUCGCCGUGGCUCUGCAGUUGAGGAAGAGGCGUGGAGGAAGAGGCAGCAGCGGCAGGCAGUCCAGGAGGUUCCUGAAGCUGGUGGUGGCCGUGGUGGUGGCAUUCUUCUGCUGCUGGUCUCCUUACCACAUGAUGUGCGUGGUGGAGGCGGUCAGCCACGACCAGCCGAGGCUCCAGGGCUUGGUGCAGAGAGGACUCCCGCUGGCCACUACCUUCUCCUUCCUCAACUGCGUCCUCAACCCCUUCCUGUACGUCUUCAGCUGCCCCAAUUUCUCCACCCGGAUCCGGCAGUCGCUGAGCGCGGUCCUGGAAGGGGCGUUGACGGAGGACACAGAGAUCUUCUCCCGUCGGGGGACCCCGCACAGCCUGACGUCCGCUUCCCUGUCGACCAGGGUGGCACUGUCCACCUACACCUUCCAGCAAUGCAAUGAGUCCAAGAAGAAAACGCCUUGCGUUGAGUUUUAGUAGAAGGCAGGAUGGGAGGUCCAGCGGUUAAAGAGGCUUGAUACCAGGAGGUUCUGUGUUCAAUCCCAACUCAGCCACUGAUUCACUGUGUGUGUGCGACCCUGAGCAAGUCACUGAACCUCCUUGUGCUCCAUCCUUCAGGAUGAGACGUCAAACAAACAAGGUCCUAUUGGAAGUGACUCUACAGCAGCAGUUAUUAAAUAGUCAUUUAGCAAGCGCUUUUAUCCAAAGCGACUUACAGAGACUAGUGGGUGAACUCUGCAUCAUAAACAACUGCUGCUGCUGCUGCAGAGUCACUUCCAAUAGGAGCUUGUUUGUUUGACGUCUCAUCCGAAGGACGGAGCACAAGGAGGUUCAGUGACUUGCUCAGGGUCACACACACACAGUGAAUCAGUAAUAAUAAUAAUAAUAAUAAUAAUAAUAAUAAUAAUAAUAAUAAUAAUAAUAAUAUCACUGGAAACUGGAAACCCAGGACUCAGCAAAAGCUGGUAAAAAAAACAAAUGACAUCCGAAGCUGUUGUGUGUGUGUGUGUGUGUGUGUGUGUGUGUGUGUUUGGGUGUGUGUGUGUGUUUGGGUGGGUUGCGUAGCUGUGAGGAGGAGAGUAUUAUUUGCAUAAAGGUUUGGUAUGACUUCACAGUCACAACAGUAUCAAUAUCUUUAACAGUAAAAAUAAUAAAUCAUGCAGGAUGCGGAAGGUAUUGAUAUGUGUAACGUCCCUUAUUAAACUCCCCCCAGCCUCCAUUGUAAAAGCACACCAAAGUGGAAUAAAGGAUAAAGCGUGGUAAAGCAUAGGCAAGCAUUGUAAAGCACAGAGAGGUCUGGUAAAGCAUAGGGAAGCAUUGUAAAGCACAGAGAGGUCUGGUAAAGCAUAGGGAAGCAUUGUAAAGCACAGAGAGGUCUGGUAAAGCAUAGGGAAGCAUUGUAAAGCACAGAGAGGUGUGGUAAAGCAUAGGGAAGCAUUGUAAAGCACAGAGAGGUCUGGUAAAGCAUAGGGAGGCAUUGUAAAGCACAGAGAGGUCUGGUAAAGCAUAGGGAAGCAUUGUAAAGCACAGAGAGGUCUGGUAAAGCAUAGGGAAGCAUUGUAAAGCACAGAGAGGUGUGGUAAAGCAUAGGGAAGCAUUGUAAAGCACAGAGAGGUCUGGUAAAGCAUAGGGAAGCAUUGUAAAGCACAGAGAGGUCUGGUAAAGCAUAGGUGAAGCAUUGUAAAGCACAGAGAGGUCUGGUAAAGCAUAGGGAAGCAUUGUAAAGCACAGAGAGGUGUGGUAAAGCAUAGGGAAGCAUUGUAAAGCACAGAGGUGUGGUAAAGCACAGGGAAGCAUUGUAAAGCACAGAGAGGUCUGGUAAAGCAUAGGGAAGCAUUGUAAAGCACAGAGAGGUCUGGUAAAGCAUAGGGAAGCAUUGUAAAGCACAGAGAGGUCUGGUAAAGCAUAGGGAAGCAUUGUAAAGCAUAUUAUAAAACACACCAUGGUAGACUCUGGUAAAUGCAGUAUAACUGUAGGAAAGGUAUGGGGGAAUGCUGCAAAACCACUGUGCAAAAAUCCCAUGAUAAACUAUUAUCUAUCUUGCUCUUAUUGUAUUACUUGUAUUGUAACACUUGAAUGUAUUUGUAUUUGCUUGCGAUUGUAAGUCGCCCUGGAUAAGGGCGUCUGCUAAGAAAUAAAUAAUAAUAAUAAUAAUAUUAUAAGGGUGGUGCCAAU